CUUGUCUCUUCCCCUCAUCUCACUGUCACAUAUCGCACUCCUGCAGCACCCCAGUCGGUGCUGCUGAGGAUCUCCGUGCAAACCUAGCUAUGUCAACCUUCGAAACACUCAUUGACGACCUCACGCGAGACGUGAACCGCGCGCAGCCGAAGGACGCUCUGCAGUUCUGCGCCAGUUGGUUCCAAUCUCGCCUCGAGGAACAGAGGAUACGCAUGCGAGACGUGCUAUCCCAGCGCUCCCACUCCUUCUCCAGAGACGUCCCUUCCGAGAUGUACAUUGAUAUCCCUGUGGGCAGUGGGCGCGAUGGCGCGCCGGCGAGCGUGUCGCCCUUCACCCAGGCACCUCCUGCGCCCCGGCCUUCGUUCCGUGCAAGCAUCGCGCCAUCAAGCAACAGUCCGUUUGGCACACUGAACGUACCGGGGAACGCGCUCCUGGCGAACCGAGCACCUAGUCCCCGCGCACGCUUUCAAGUGGACGGACGCGAACUGCCACCGACCUCUCCCCUUAGCCCUGGCGAUCCCUUCGCUCCCUUCGAGACCUCCGGUGCGAAUGGCCUGAACCCAUCGGAGUACCUCCAGCCCCCCAAUGCAUCCAUCUUCGCUCGCCGCGCGUCCGUGUCGGCCGAGUCGAUCUCGGUCGACGCGUUGAACCGCGAAGAGACGAAGACGCGCGUAUUUCCCAAAACACCAGAUCAGAUGCGCCGUAUACAAUCAUCGACGGCGAACAACUUCAUCUUUCGCGAUCUGACAGAGGAACAGAAGCGCGCUGUCUUCCUGGCCAUGCAGGAGAUGACGGUGGACAAGGACACGGUGGUGAUCCGGCAGGGCGACGACGGGGACUACUUCUAUAUCGUCGAAUCAGGCUUACUGCACUGUUUCAUACGACCAGAGCCGCUUCCUCCGUCCUGGAAGCAUGCACCGAAAACGCCAACGCCUUUGAUACGGGAAGACGAGUCGGAAGAGAUGUUCCUACAACCAGACACUCACCGCGAGUUUGGCAAGAGGGUCGCCGAGUAUCCUGCCGGCACAUCGUUCGGCGAGCUCGCGCUCAUGUACGGCCAUGCUCGUGCCGCCACGGUUCUCUCGGUCGAGCCGUCCUCUCUCUGGAAAAUCGAGCGUCGCGAUUUCCGUCACGUCGUCGUAGGCUUGGCGCACAAGCGGCGCUCGAUGUACGAGCAAUUCCUCUCGACGGUCACUCUGCUCUCGUCGCUGGACGCGUCAGAGCGAAGCAAGAUCGCGGAUGCGCUUGUGAGCCGAGUAUACGAAGACGGGCAGGCCGUCGUGAAGCAGGGCGAGACUGGCGACACGUUCUUCUUCGUCGAAGAGGGAGAGGCGUGCGUUACCAAGAGACCGCAGGACGGCGAGGAUGGGGAGGAGAUAGUCGUGGGUCACCUGAAGAAGGGCGACUACUUUGGAGAGCUGUCUUUGCUUCGUUUGGCGCCACGCGCCGCUACUGUUAGCGCUGUCGAGAGGGAAGAUCCGAAUCAGCCCAAGCUGAAGGUAGCGGCGCUGGACGCGCCUGCCUUUACGCGGUUGCUGGGACCACUUCGGGAGAUAAUGGAGCGCAAGGCCGGGGAGACGUACGGGCGCUGAUCUGGUAUUUGUUGUGCAAUGUUCACGGGCAUGGUGAUCUACCAAGUGUAUCCACUAGUGUUGUUAUUCUUGCAGUUGUAUCGUUCUGGAAUCGGAAUAGUGCUUUGAAGUCUGCUGUGUGCUUCGGAUUAGCUGGACGUCCCGGAAGGGCAGUCGACAAGUCCGGAUUGUGGGUGCUAACACGUGGAUUGUUGCGGUCAAUACUUCCGAGCCUCGGGCCCAAGAAAUUCAUUUUCUCCCUUGUCAUCGCCCCGCACCUUGUC